GCGCUUGUUGGACAGAGUUAACGUAGUGAGGCUGCUGGAGGAGCUGGUCUCCACCACCACAACAGGAUUGGCAAGACUGCUGUCACAUUAGGUGACCUGCAGUCCAGGCUGAGCACAACUGACCCAAUCUGUGGAUUUCUGUCACACUUCACACUUGUCCUUUAUUGCUAAAGCUACACACAGUUGCUGAAGGCAGUGUGGUGGUACCCAGGACUGGACAUCCUGAGGAGCCAGAGCUGCAGAGGAGCAGGCCUCACUCUGAACCUAUCCCUCUAAAGAACCGCAUGGCCAUGUAUCAAGCUGCUGUUUCCAACCAGGACACACCAGGCUUUUCCAACAGGGUCAUGAAGGAAGCUGAUGUCUGUUCUGUGUCUGGAGGGCUGGCCAGCAUUCGCAGACAGUUUGAAAGUGAAGAGAAGUCUUCCACUCGCAUAGUGACAGAGUUUCAUGCCACACACAGAUCCAUGCAGGAAGUGUCAGACUCAUCUGAGCUAUCAGUGAGAAGCGGAAUUAAAGGAGGAGAAUCCCAACAGGCUGAAAGGGUUUCACAUCAGACUGUUCACCAUGGAGUGGCCUCUUCUAGUGUUGAAAACUAUCAUAGUGAGAAUGAUGAAGAGGAGUAUUAUCCAAAACUCUCAGCCAAAGAGCUGGCACGGCACUUUGAGAAGACCAUUGAGGAAGCUUCUCCAAAUAAGAAAAUCAAGACUGAACAUAGAGUCAGCCAUUCUCAGAAGGCCUCUGAUAUAAAAGUAUCCUAUCAGACCUUGGUGGAUGACGCGUGUGUCCUGUCAAACAAUAUAGCAGAAGCUUCUGGAACAGAUUCAGGGCAUUUAGGAUUAGUGCCUUUUAAUGAUUAUGAUGAAGACUUCGAUUACUUACCUCCUCCACCACCAGACUUACUGGAGGAUCUUUCUGAAGACAUAGUUUUCCCAGAGCCCCCUGAACCAACACCCCCAAAGAAGCACAUCAUUCACAAAGAUCAAUAUUGUAAACAGAGAGAACUGCAGGAAGUGAAGCGCCUAUGCAAGCACAUUCACCCAGAUGUUAGGAAAGACCUGGAGCGAGAGUUGUAUAACAACAUAAAUGAGAUUGACAUGGAUGAGGAGAUGGUAGGUGAUGUACAAGAUGCCAUACACCAGUACAAAGACAGUUGUAGCAGCCCUAAUGGGAGCCCAGAGAGAGAAUGUCUGGAAUGGGAUGAAAUCUUGCAAGGGGAGGUACAGUCUAUGCGCUGGAUGUUUGAAAAUAAACCUCUCGACUGCAUUAAGAACUGUUCGGAUGACGAUGAGGAAAGCGGAAAUAGACUUCAGCAAGAAAUCAUAGCUGGAGGUGAUGUAAAAAACACUGCUUUAUUGUUUGAGACUCAACAUGCAUUAAAGCUGGAUGCUAGUAAGUCUGCAAAGAAAACUUCUUACAAUGAAAUGGGUAAAAGUGAUGUUCGUGCAGCAGCCUGGCUGUUUGAAACAAAGCCAAUGGACACACUGAAUAAGAUGCAUGGUGACGAUGAGCAAACCAAAGAGGUUAUCUUCACACAAGAAGCAGUCCAUGGUAAUGUGAAAUCUAUGCGGUACAUGUUUGAAAACCAGGGAAUGGAUUCUGUGGGUGAUACUGAAACCAUGGAUGAAAAGCACCUUCUAAGACUGAAAUCUGUCAUGGAAGAGAUUAAAGCUGAUGGGAAGACAACUGUCUGGCACUUUGAAACCCAGUGCAUGUGUGUUUUAAGGGAGCACUCAGGUCAAAUAGUAGAAAUCACGUGUGUUCGUCGUGAAGAGACAGAGAAAGGUGAUGUCAAAACAUCACGGUGGCUUUUUGAGACACAGCCUCUUGACAUAAUCAACAAAGACCUUUCUGAAGUUAAGCUUAUCUCCAGUAUUUCGCUGGAAGACAGUAUUGAAGGUGAUGUCAAAACAGGAAGAUGGUUAUUUGAAGCAAAAAACCUUCACUCUUCAGUUGAAGAAUGGGAAAGUAUACUUAGACAACGGACAGAGGAGAUUAUUGGGGCAGAUGUACGCAAACAAUGUAUGAUGUUUGAGACACAGCCCAUGGAUACACUAAAAGAUGAUUCCAACUCCAGGCCCAUCACCACUGAAAUCAUUGGCGGUGAUGUACAAACAGUAAGACAUUUAUUCGAAGCAGCACCAUUAGAAGAACUGAAAGAACUGCCAGAGGUGGGAAAGCUGAAGAAAAGUCUAGCAACUGAUGAAGAUAAAGGGGAUCUUCGACACCAAAAAUGGAUGUUGAUGAAUCCACAUCUAGAGAACAUACAAAAUGAGGAUGAUGGACCGGGAAAGCUAAAAAAAAUAGCUGCCUUGGAAGACGAGAAGGGUGAUGUAAAACAUCAAAAAUGGCUAUUUGAAAACAAGAGACUCGAAGAUAUCAGAGAGGAAAAGAAGGAACUAAUGAAAAUGAUUAACACCGAACAGAUAGAUGAAGAAUACUACAAAGGUGAUGUGCGCAAGAAUUGCUGGGUAUUUGAGACUCAGUCUAUGGACACAUUAAAGGAUGAUUUGAAUGCCAGAGCUCUGAAAACUGAAGAAAUUAUUGGAGGUGAUGUUCAAAGUGCCAGACACUUUUUUGAAACUAUACCAGAAGAUGAGUUGAAGGAACUCGCAGAAGUGGGGAAACUCAAAAAAACGGUGACAGCUGAAGAGGAGAUGGGUGAUGUUCAGUACCAGAAACUGGUGUUUGAAAGCCAGCCACUAGAACAAAUUAGGGAUGAAAAAAAGGAAAUGACUAGAACAGUAAAUUUAGAGGAUAUUGAAAAAGUGGAUGUAACAAAUUACAUGCAAAUCUUUGAAACAUGUGAUGUGAGCAGAUAUGAUGAAAGUCAAAGAAUUCAAGUUGAAGGUGUGACCAAAGGCUCUGUACAAUCCAACAAAGAGUUAUUUGAAUCUGUUCCAAUUUAUGCCAUGCAGGAUAGCUCAGGCCACUACCAUGAAUUGAAAACUGUGAGGCGUGAAGAGGUUGUGAAAGGAGAUGUGAAAACCUGUAAGUGGAUGUUUGAAACCUGCCCUAUUGACCAGUUUGAUGAAAGUAUAAGCAAGUACCAAGUCAUUAAAGGCAUUACUCAGCAAGAGGUCGAAACAGGUACAGUCAAAACAGCUAAAUGGCUUUUUGAAACACAGCCGCUUGAUGCCAUCAAAUACUUCAGCAAUAUUGAAGAUGAAGAGUGUGUUAUUAAAGAGACAAGUGAUAUAGUGAAAGGUGAUGUAAAGACAUGUAAGUGGCUAUUUGAGACCAAACCGAUGGAUGUGCUGUAUGAAAAGGUUGAGCUCAAGAGUGAAAAUGGAAAUAACGAGGUUCAGAAAGGUGACGUUAAAACCUGCACCUGGCUCUUUGAAACUCAAGCGCUUGAUACCAUCCGAGAUGAGUCUGAGACUAUGUUGAAAACGUGCACUGUAAAGCAAGAAGACAUUCAGGGAAAAGAUGUACGUACGGCUUGCUUCCUCUUUGAGACCGAGAACAUUGAAAAGAUCACCGGAGAGGAUGGAUGCACGUUUAAACAGGUGACUGAGAUUGAUAUCCAUUCUGGAGAUGUAUCACGAAUGAAAUACAUAUUUGAGAACCAGUCUUCUGAUGUCAUGACCUCAACUUCAGAGGAAUUCAUGCGCCAGCUGAGGUCAGACCAAGCUGAGGACAUUAAGAAAGGAAAUGUAGGAAAUUGCAAAUGGCUCUUUGAAAAUCAUCCAAUAGAUACAAUCCAUGAGAACCCAAAUGAAGUAAAGGAGACACGCACUGUGACUGACAUCCAAGGAGGCAAUGUGGAUAAGGGUCGAUGUGUUUUUGAGACUUGUACUUUAGAUAAAAUCCAAGAGAUCUCUUCUGAAUCAGAGAUGAAAAAACUGCAGAGAAUAAUCUGUGAAGAUGAGGAGAAAGGAGAUGUGAAAAAUUAUGCAAUGAUGUUUGAAACUCAGCCACUUUAUGCUAUCCAGGACAAAGAAGGGCAUUACCAUGAAGUCACCACACUUACAAAAGAAGAGAUACUGAAAGGGGACGUAGUGGGCACCCGUUGGUUAUUUGAAACCAAGCCACUUGAUUCCAUUAGAGAUACCAAUGAAGUCUACCUAAUCAAAGCUGUCACUGAAGAGGAGGUUCUCAAAGGUGAUGUCAAUUCUGCUAGAUGGAAAUUUGAAACACAACCUCUUGACAAGAUUACUGACCACAGCCAAAUCUCUGUUAAAACCGUGGAAGACAUUAGAGGCGGUGAUGUAAAGACAAACAAAGAGCGCUUUGAAUCCGACCUAAUGUCACAGAAGUUAGUACGCACUGUUAGCAUGAGUGAGAUUCAUAAAGGCGAUGUUAGGGCAGCUAAGUGGAUGUUUGAGACUCGCACCAUUGAUCAGAUCCAUGGGGAAAACACUGAAAACCAGAUGGAGAAAGUUGUUGUGGAAGAACAGGUCAAAGGGGAUGUAAAACAAUCUGUGUGGUUGUUUGAGAAAAAUCCACUCAAUAGUAUCAAUGAAAAGGGGGAGACUGAGAAACUUAUUUGUGAAGAAAUACCCACAGGAGAUGUGAAAACAACAACUUGGCUUUUUGAAACUACUCCUUUGCCUGACUUCAAUGCAAACAGUGCAGAAAAAACUGAAAUCAUUGGAAAGAGUAUAAAAGAAACCCUUAAUGAACUAUACAGUCACAGAAUGGUAGAAUCCAAAGGGAUUAUAAUAGAGACUGAUGAGAUUGGAGAUGUGCGCAUGGCUAAGUAUAAUCUAAUGAAUAAAGAGUCGCCUGAGAUUCAGAAGGAAGAAAUAAUCAAAGGAGACUUGCAGAACAUCAUGAUGAAUCUCCUCUACAGGCAAGAGACGAAAGAAGAAAGAAUUGUUAUCAGUGCAGAGGAAAGAGGAAAUAUCAGUAGCACUGUGGAACAGCUGUUCAACCAGGAUUCUGGCAUUAAUGUAGAAAAAGAGGAAAUUAUUCGGGGUGACAUUCAAGAAGCCAUAAACAACCUAUUGAUGGAGGAGAGUGCUGGCAAACAUGGAAUUCUUAUACAGGAGGAUGAAAAAGGAGAUGUUCGCAUGACUAUAUAUUCUCUUUUUAAUAAACAAGAGGAUACCAAUAUUGAAAAAGAGGAUGUGACUAAAGGCAAUGUAAAAGGCUGUCUAGAAAAACUUUAUAAUCCAGUUACAGAACAAAUUAAUAGAAUUAAGGUAGAUGAAACUGAAAAGGGAAAUGUGAGCUUUUAUUCAACUUGCAUUGAGUCAGGGGCUCUGGUCUACUUGAAACAGCUCCAAACAGAGCAUGACGAGAUUGAAAUAAGUAAGAAAGAAAAGGAAGAGAUUGUUUGUGGUGAUAUUAAAGGGACAAGACAAAGCCUUAUGGAUAACCAGGCUAAAAUCUGUCGCCUUGUGGAUAGGGAAGAUAUUGUGCCUGGUGAUGUCCAUAACGCAGUCAAGGUUUUCAUGACAGAGCCUUCAACUGAACAUCUCCAGAAAGAAGAAAUAGUAGGAGGUGAUUUAAGAGCUGCACUGAACUCUCUGACACAGUCUAUAAAUCAGUCGGUUGUUCAGGAGAAAGAGGAGGUUGUAAAAGGUGACAUAUCCACUGCCCUCAAGUCUCUUCAGGAUGCCCAAAUGCAUCCUAAAGAGGUAGAAAAGCCUGAAAUCAUCCCUGGCAACAUCAAAGGAGCAUUGAAAUCGCUAAAAGACUUGGCUACUGCUAAAGUUGAAAUUGUUAUUGAAGAUUUAGUUCCAGGUGAUAUCAAAGGGACAUUAAAAUCGUUGGAGGAAGCCAAGCGAGCAGUGAAAGAAGUGGAGAAAGAUGAAAUUGUUAAGGGUGACAUAAAUUCAGCCUUGCAGAGUCUACAAGACGCUUCUAAUGAGCGAAAGGUUUAUCAGCAAGAGAUAGAUGUCCAAGGAAAUGUGAAAGGGACAAUUCAGCUCUUAUUAGAACCUCCUUCAACUGCCAAAAUGCAGCGCAGAGCCAGUGCAGAGGGUGACGUAAAGAUGUCCAUCAAAUCACUAUAUGAGACACAAGAGCAAGUGCUGUCAGAAAAGGAUGAGGUGAUUAAAGGUGAUGUUAAGGGUACAAUCAAAUGCUUGCUAGAAACAGCACAACGAGCAAGCCCAAAGGUUCCCAGAAAAGAGCCAAUAAGAAAAGGGAAAGUUCCUAAAGCAAAAAAGUCUCCCUCUCAACAAAAGAUUCAAUCACCUUCCAGUACAGUAAAGAAGUUAACCAGUCAGACUAUGAAUGAAAAUAUUGUAACCACCAAAUCAUUGCAAAGUGAAUCCACAUCUCAUGAGAAAAACACGCUCGUCACUCAAAACCCUCCCAGCACACAGGCAUCAAAAACCACUGUGCUAGAACACAAAACAAUAUUGCAGACUCACGAGGUUAAAACUUUAAAGACUGAAUUUCGCAAUCUCAAAACAAACCUUAAAGGUAUAAUAAGAUUAGAUAAAAGCAAAGCCAGAGAGCAAGAGGUUCCUGUACCAUCAUUUCCCUCUUCACUACCUGAGCCUGACUUCCCUGCUCCUCCAAAUCCUCCUCCAGAUUAUUAUAGCCUUUCCUUUCCUACGCCUCCUCCUGUUAUCCAGGGCGAUAAUGAUCUUCCUCCACCACCCAGUCCUCCUCCUUUUGACUUGAUAAAAUCAGAUUCUGAUCAUUUACCUCUCCCUCCUACUCCAACACCUCCUCCUGUUGUAGAACAAGAAUUCCUUCCCCCACCUCCAACUCAGAUGGAGCUAGACCUCUUUUCCAAUAUAACAGCAACCAAGCCUACUAAACUGACAGUGAAGCCAGUCAAAGCUCCUGUUUUGUGUAAAGUGCCAAAGUUGGAACCAGUUGUAUAUCUUGACAAAGUGGAUAUACAUUCUAGAUUAGCUUCACAAGAGCCUUCAGGCACUAAAACAGUGAAAAAAAUCAGCACAACAGAGACAGAAUGUAUGGUUCCAUCGGCCUCAUCCACUCUUGUCUCAUCUGAGAUCCAAUCAUCCUUUUCAGUGAAGCCACCUGAGUCCCCACAUCCUCCCUUGGGUCUUAUUCCACCAGAUUCACCACAGCCGCCAUCUCUGAAAAGUAACUUCAUAACUCCAUUAAUUAAAGCUGAGCAAAAACACAGGCAGCAGCACAAGGAGAGCCACACAUCAUCCAGCUCUGCAGCAUUUGAAAUUGACAUGUGUGAGUCUAUCAGUACAGCCCUUAAAACGCUUUCCUCAGGAGGCAAGAGCACUGUACAUUCUGAACAGGGCGUACCAUUUGAUUUCCCACAAGAGAAAACAGAAAAUAAUGUGACCAAAAUGACAUCAGACUCAGAGUUGAAUGAUUCAUCCAAGAAUGCUGCACAUUCAGAAGCUCUCCCAAGCAAGCCUUUAAUCUCUACCACAAAUAAAAAUUCUCUUUCUGAGUCUGCCAUUAUUUCCUCAGCUAAGCAGGGCAUUAUCUCUAAUCAGACAUCUCAAAGCACUACAGUCCAGCAGCAGACCACAUCUAGCACAUCUAAAAGGAAGAAAAAAUACCGGGCCAUGACAACAAGUAUUCAGCAUGUGACCUCGAGUCAUGUUAAACAGCCAGAGAUGGUUAUUAGCAAUACUGCACAGGUAACUGCAAAUGUCCUGGGAUUAGGUGAAGAAAAACACAGCCCAAUUGCCUCUACCGAUAACUCUGUGAAUAGUGUGACUGAGUUAGAAAGUGGCAAAAAAGAUAUUGUAAAUAAUAGAUUGAUUGAAAAAUCUGUUGUGGAAAAAAAUAAGAAAAUUAAUAUCUCUGAAGAAACAGGCCAGAGAAAGACAUCCCCUGAUCAGAGCAACACUUCUAAGGUAAAUAUAGACACAGAAAUUAAAGACGCUGAGCAAAUGGUUCAAAAAGUGAAGAAAGGCCGCAAAAAAGAUGAGGGCACAGAAAAAAAGCCUGCAGCACAAACUCAAGUGGUAAAGGUGGCAGCUGAAAAUGUCCAGGUGAGAGAAAACAGAGAAAGGAAAGUCACAGGGACAGAGAUUAAAGGGGAAAAACAGGCCACACAAAAGCACGGUGAGGAUGGUCUUGCCUCUCCAAAGAAAAAGAAGAGAGCUAAAUCCAAGAAAGACAAGGACACAGCUCAGCAAGCCCAGGGGCAAACACAAAGUAAUAUUAUUCUUCCUCUGCCUGCCUCCUCCUCAGAGGUAACAUCUUCAGCUUUGACAUCUAAUCAGAAAGAAGAGGAAUUUGUGGUGGUGCAGACCCAAAAAACCAUUCAAGGAGAACACAUUGCAGUCCAUGAAGAGAUCAACAUCACGGAGAGCAAAGUUCAGCAAAGUUUGCAGCAACAGGACACGAUGGUAAAGUCUCAAAAACAGGCCAAGACUCUGAAAAAGAAGGAACGGGUUGACAGCCAACAGAAAUCUAAAGAUGAAAGUGUAAAUGUGACAGGGGAGCUGACACAAAGGAAGCCUUCCAAGACUUUGACAGAAAGCAGAGAAGCAUUACAAAGAUGUGCAGAAGCUCAGAAGUUGCUGUCUUAUAUCUCAGAGUUACAGGAAGUUACAGAAAAAAUGGACUCUAAGACUGUGAAGACAUUACUCAAUGAAAUCCCAGAGUGGCUUAUUGGUCCAGAGGAAAAGAAUAGCUUGGUCAAAGAUAUAGAUGAACAUAAUUUGGAUAGCAUCAAAGAAAUUGUAGCUCAUGUAAAAAAUAUCAUUCAAGUAAAAUUAAUGGAUGUUGAAAGACAUGUUGCAACUACUGAAAAACAUGAAUGUGAAGCUACAUCUGAAGGGGGUACAUCAGGCAAGGUUGUUCAAAGGAUUUCAAAAAUCACUAUAGAUUCCAAAAAAGUUGAAAACCAAAAGAAAGUAGAGGAGAAAAAAAACGCUUGUGAAAGUCGCAAGCAAAAAGGCAAGAGCAAAAAUCCUCCUUACACCAGAUCACCAUCGCCUUCAUUAAAAAUGCGCUCACCAUCACCCACAUUUAUCACCAUUGAAUCCACAAGAAGAAUUGACUCACCACAGAAACGAGUGCCAUCACCUCCUCCAAUACCACCUACUCCACCACCACGCCGGUCUGAAACACCUACAUCACGUUUAAGCAGAGCUUCUCCAUCACCCUCUCUAGGAAGAGCCAGUAGUCUACCAAGGCUCAGAGAAGCUACAGCUAAACUUUCUCCUGAACCCUCACCUGAUCUCAUGCAUUAUCCUGGGUCAGUCACUGGGAGGAAGACGGAGAUUGUGGAAAUUCCAUCCUCAUUUCAGUGUCAAAUUAAAACUGAUUCUAAGCCUGCUGAAGAAGGAAGGAUUCUGAAAGAGCGUAAAGUCUCUGAAAGUUCAGAGGAAUUGGCUAAACUUUUUCCUGGACCAUCACCGUCACCUGAACCUGUACAUCGUCCUGGGUCAGUCACUGGGAGGAAGACUGAGAUUGUGGAAAUUCCAUCCACAUUUCAGUAUCAAAUUAAAACUGAUUCUAAGCCUGCUGAAGAAGGAAGGAUUCUGAAAGAGCGUAAAGUCUCUGAAAGUUCAGAGGAAGUGGCUAAACUUUUUCCCGGACCCUCACCGUCACCUGAACCUGUACAUCGUCCUGGGUCAGUCACUGGGAGGAAGACUGAGAUUGUGGAAAUUCCAUCCACAUUACAGUAUCAAAUUAAAACUGAUACUGAGCCUGCUGAGAAUGGAAGGAUUCUGAAAGAGCAUAAAGACUCUGAAUGUUCAGAGGAAGUAGUGGACCUUUCUAGUGGACCCUCAGCGUCACCCGAUCAUCUACAUCGCCCUGGGGCAAUCACUGGAAAAAAGUCUGAGAUUGUGGAAAUUCCAUCCACAUUUCAGUAUCAAAUUAAAACUGAUUCUAAGCCUGCAGAAGAAGAAAAAAUUUUGAAAGAGCGUUCAGUCUCUGAAAGCUCAGAGGAAGUGGCUACAAUUUUUCAGGGACCCUCACUGUCACCUGAAAAUGUACAUCGUCCUGGGUCAGUCACUGGAAAGAAGUCAGAGAUUGUGGAAAUCCCAGCCAUAUUUCAGUGUAAAAUUAAAGCUGAUGUUAAGCCUGCUGUAGAUGAAAGGAUUAUGAAAGAGCAGAAAGGCUCUGAAUGUUCAGAUAAAGUGGUUAAACUUUCUAGUGGACCCUCAGCCUCACCCGAUCCUGUCCAUCGUCCUGGGUCAGUCACUGGGAGGAAGUCUGAGACUGUGGAAAUUCCAUCCACAUUUCAGUGUCAAAUUCAACCUGACACUAAGCCCGCUGAGGAUGGAAGGAUUCUGAAAGAGUGUGAAGACUCUGGAAGUUCAGAGGACGCUGUCUCAGUAAAGGUGUCAUUAAUUCAACACAAUACUCAGAAUGAACAGAAAAGAAGCAAUUAUAUUCCUGAGCAUUUAGGGACAGAUAGAGAAGAAGGUGAACCUAAGGUACAAAAGACAAAAGGUUUCAGCAAAGAACUUGAUGUCCUGGAACAGUCUGGCAUUAAAAGAGAAGCCUUAGACAGACCAGACUAUAACAUCAAGGUUGUAAGAGAGCAAGGUUUCUCUGUGAAAGAAGAGAAAAAGAAACAGGAGGAGCAGGUGUCAAGUGUGAGUGAAAUCAUGCCUCAGGAUUCAAAGCAUGAUCAACAGUCAUUGAUGCGGCUCUCCCAACAGACCUCACCUCUGCCUCUGCUUAAAGACGUAAUGCUGGAAAAGCCGGCCAAUCCGUAUGACUUCUCAGAGACAGAAAACAUUAUUGUCAGUGAAGCUGGUACAAUGAUUACUGGGACAAUAAGCAUGACAACAAUAUCUGAACAUUCUGAGAGUGUUGUCUCACAGCAUGCUCCGUUCUCGUAUGCUGAUGCUGUGAAGAAAAAGGCUCCAGAGCUCAACAUAUCCCCUGAGGCCUCUGCUGAAGAAUUAUUGAAAAAAUUUCAUGAGAUGUGGACUGAGAGUGAGAGUGUGUUUAAAAGCCUAGGCUACAGUGUCUCAGAUUCGAGUUCCAAAGUCGGAGAUGUGCACAGUGUGUCGGACGAGAGUGUAUCCCAUGGAUGGUCUGAUAGCAGACAAAAAGAAAUUCCAUAAAUCCUGUUUCUUCUGUGAACACUGCAAAAAUAAAUUAAGCCUUGGAAACUAUGUCUCUCUCCAUGGACAUUUAUACUGCCCACCGCAUUAUAAGCAGCUCUUCAAAUCUAAAGUACAUUUUGAUGAAAAAAUUGGACAAAGGUCUCAGAAGGAACUGCUGACUGAAGGGAAUUUAAUGAAUGCCAUUUCUGAAGACCACGAUUGCAGAUAUUCCCUUUCUCAAAGCAGCUUCAGUUCUGUGUCCGACAUCUAUGAAAAAGCAUCAAAAGUACAAGAAAAAUCUGAUCAAUACCCCCAAAAAUUAAAUAAACAUUGUUUAGUUUGGCCUCCUCACGCUGAGCCACCAAAGAAGACCUUUACCAUGGACCAAGAAAUACAGUUAGUAAAACCAGUGUGGCCUCCCACACAGUCUACGAAAUCUCCAAAACACCAGCGACGAAAAGUAUCACAGAUUAUUACUCUUCAUACAUAAGACAUUAAGGCUACUGGGUGCUUCAGGACUUCAUAUUUGUUGAAUUCCGCACAAGAAUGACAAAAUGAUCAAAGGAAAAUCUAAAAACAGGUGAAUAAAUAAUGAGGAAUGAGCACCAAGAGCAAGGGAAUAAACUUUAAUGAAUCUGAGAUAGUAAUAAAAGAAAAAUGGAUGAUGUGGCCAGAGAAGGAAAGUGGUAAAUAUUGAUGAGGAUGUGAUGAGCAAGAAGAAUGACGUCAAUGGAGGUACUUAAGGUUUGUGGUUAGAAGGAAGGUUUGUGGAUGAAAUGGAGAAGGAUGUGAAAUAAUUUGAAAGACAUUUUGAAUGGAGACAAGGAGAAUGAAAUACAGUAGCAUACAAAUUCGUAAUUCACUCUGCAAGUAAACUUGAUAGUACUCAAAAUUAGUUGAUCAUAUAGAGAAUUAGUGUAAAAUGAAUUGGAUAACAAGGUGCCAUAUGUCAAGAUCUCAAUAUGUGCCGCAUUAAACACUUUAGUCUUAUAUAAGUUAUAGCAUAUUGUUACUGUUUUUGCUUAGAAAAACUAAUAUCCAUUUUACUUUUUCAUUUUUAUUUAUUUAUUUAUUUUUUUGACAGUGUCCAUGGAGAGAGUACUGAUAUCAUACAGAAUUUUGCUUUCCCAAUUUGCCCAAUUUUUGUAUUCUGUCUAUGGUAAGAUUUUAUCAUGACUGUUGCUCUGUAUGAUCAUGCCUUUGGAAGCACCUGGGGUGCAGUGUAGCAAUUGAUUAAACUGAGUAUAUAAUUCUUCUUAUGUAAAUGUCAUAUCUAAUUAGUAUUUGUUUAUUUUGGUCACUGGUGUCCUACUCUAAACAGAAAAUAUUUUUAAAUGGACAUUCAUUUUUAGAAUAGUCUUUGUUUGUACAAGAGCAUUCCUGAUCAUUUAAUCGGGUCAGGCUGGUUCACUGGUGCAUCUUGCAAAUUUUUUGAUCUAAGAAAAAUAAACAGCUCUUAUGUUCAAUGCAUAUGAUGUAUUCAUUACCAAGGCAUAUUAACUCAUUCAUCAUUAGGAAAUGCUUUAUCCUGGAUCUGAAGCCUAUCCUGGGAACACUGAGGGUUCACGUCUUUUAGCCCCGCUGUUCAGUAUACAGGGCACUGAUGACCGAGUUGGCUUUUUUAAGG